AAGAGGGCCACUCUCUCUCUCUCACUCUCUCUCCUCAGCAAACAGGGACUCCAGCUGCCAUGGCCCUUCGGCGCCUACCCAAUCCGUUCGCCACGACCGCGCUCCGCCUCAUCAUCGUCUUCUUCUUCUGCCUCGCCAACCCGCGACGAGCGAGCUCGGAGCAGCAGCUCUCGAACGCCACCGUCGUCCCGAGAGGCCGGAAGCAAUCCGGCGGGUGCAAUCUGUUCCGAGGCCAAUGGGUGGCGGACGCUUCCUACCCUCUCUACGCGCCCUCGUCGUGUCCCUUCGUCGACCCCGAGUUCGACUGCCAGAAGUACGGCCGGCCUGACAAGCUGUACCUCAAGUACGCUUGGAGGCCCGACUCCUGCAAUGUCCCCAGGUUUGACGGAGGGGAGUUGCUGCGGAGGUGGAUGGGGAAGAAGAUAAUGUUUGUGGGGGACUCGCUGAGCCUGAACAUGUGGGAAUCCUUGUCGUGUAUGAUCCAUGCGUCGGUGCCCAAUGCCAAGACCAGCUUCGUCAGGAAAGAAUCGCUCUCCGCCCUCACUUUCCCGGACUAUGGAGUGAGCAUUUUUCUGUAUCGCACGCCCUACCUGGUGGACAUAGUGCGAGAGAAGGUCGGGCGAGUUCUCAAGCUCGAUUCCAUCGAGGGAGGAAGAUCGUGGAAAGGGAUGGACGUGUUGAUCUUUAACUCGUGGCACUGGUGGACUCACACCGGAAAAUCUCAGCCGUGGGACUACAUGCAAGAUGGGGAUGCAGUGGUUAAAGAUAUGGACCGUCUAAGUGCAUAUUACAAGGGGCUGAGCACAUGGGCCAAAUGGGUUGAUCUCAAUGUUGAUUCUUCACAGACCAAAGUCUUCUUCCAGGGGAUCUCUCCUACUCAUUAUCGGGGCAAGGACUGGAACUCACCAAAGAAGAACUGUAUGGGAGAACAAGCGCCCCUAUCUGGCUCAACAUAUCCAACUGGUGCUCCUCCAGCCACCUCUGUGCUGAACAAAGUAUUGAAUAGUAUGAAGACUCCGGUGUAUUUGUUGGACAUAACUACACUGUCGCAGUUGAGGAAGGAUGCGCACCCCUCUGCCUACAGCGGCGACCACUCCGGCACCGAUUGCAGCCACUGGUGCCUUCCCGGUUUGCCCGAUACCUGGAAUCAGCUCCUAUAUGCAGCUAUAGUGAUGUGAAAAUAUCGGCAUUCAUCAUAGUUGUACUUUCGAUAUUGAUUGAAGGCCAAAAAACUUGGACCUCCAUUAGUGGAUAACAAGGGUAAAAUAGAUCAACUGCAAAGAAUGCGACACAUGGUUUAUACUUGCUCUACCUAAUCUGGAGCAAUAUUUCAAAAGUGAAAACAGAUAGUACUUGAGGAAAGGUGAUGUUUUAGCAGAUUUAUUUCAAAAUUAGUUGUACACGGGAGGGGAAGCAAUAAAACAUAAUAAUACCCUAUUGCUUU